GAGACAUACCAAUGCAGAUGGCGAUCAACGCAGGCCUUGGCCAAGACACCUGGAUGGUCGCACCCGAUGACAUUACGAAAAUCCUGCUUAUUUUCUUCAUCGAAGAGAUCUUCUACAUUAUAGUCAUAUGCGCAACGAAGAUCUCGAUCAUCAUCUUCUACUUAAGAAUCUUCUUCGAGCCGUGGGUGCGGAAAAUAUGCCAUGCUCUCUUCGCAGGCACUAUUGUUUUCGGUACAGCAUAUAUGUUCCACGCUGUGUUUGCCAACCAACCUAUCAGCUACAGUUGGACGUUCUGGGAUGGUCUUCACGAAGGAACGCGCGGGAACUUGUUGCUCAUCACCUUCCUCUACAGCGGCAUCAAUAUUGGACUGGACCUAACCCUCAUUCUUCUUCCCGUCACACAGUUCUUCUCCGUUUCAUGGACAUUGAGGAAGAAGAUCGGCACAAGCCUGAUAUUUCUCGUCGGCCUAAUCGUAACUGUAGCUAGCUGUAUUCGUUUGAGCACCGUCCUCAUUUUCGGAGCCACACCCAAUCCAAUGUACGACUUCAAAUCUCUCUGCAUAUGGUCCUCGGUCGAGAUUCAUCUGAGCGUUGUCUGCGCCUGUAUGCCGGGGAUGACGGCCCUGGUUCGCCGAGUCUCGUUUCGCCGCCGACAGGUAUCUGCACCGAAGCGACCACGCAAUCUAUACCCGGCGGCGAACAACUCUUUCCCUCGUCAGCGAAGCCGGUUUUGGUGGGGUAUCACAACGACGGGCCAUCGAGGAUAUCACAGUGUCCCGGGUAGUCUAGAGCUUCAAACCGAGAGGGGGGGCUCCCGGGGAGGAACGGUCCAUCUUGACCGCCAAGAAAACAACACCGCAACGCCUCGUAGUACAACUAUUGCUUCCCGCACAAAGGCCGACGACAUAGAUGUUGAGGCUGCGACGAAUGAGGGCACACUGAAGACAGUCUGA